AUUAACGCUUUCUUCUUUUAUUUAUCUGCUACCGCCCUCUGCAGCUCCAUACUCCAUCACGCAUGGCCGCUCCGACGCCGCCAAAGGCCGUCCUGCGGGUGGCGGCGAUCUCCGGCUCGCUGCGCAGGGCGUCGGCCAACACCGGCCUCAUCCGCGCCGCCGCGGGGAUCUGCAGGGAGUCCAUCCCGGGCCUGCAGAUCGACCACGUCGACAUCUCGGAGCUGCCGCUGCUCAACACCGACCUCGAGGCCGCCGGCGGGUUCCCGCCGGCCGUCGAGGCGUUCCGCGACAGCGUCCGCGGCGCCGAUUGCUUCCUCUUCGCCUCGCCAGAGUACAACUACUCCAUUUCAGGCCCUCUGAAGAACGCGCUGGACUGGGGAUCACGGCCGCCCAACUGCUGGGCCGACCGAGCCGCGGCGAUGCUGAGCGCGUCGGGCAGCACCGGCGGCAGCCGGUCGCAGUACCACAUCCGGCAGGUCGGGGUGUUUCUUGACAUCCACUUCAUUAACAAGCCGGAGGUCUUCACCAAAGCACACCUGCCGCCGAAAAAGUUCGACGCUGACGGCAACCUGAUCGAUUCAGAGACCAAGGAUCAGGUCAGGGAGAUGCUCCUGUCGCUGCAAGCCUUCGCCCUCAGGCUCCAGGGGAAGUCCCAACAGGGGAACUGAUGCCUCCAUUUGUUUCCUGCUCAUUAGAUUGUCUGAGCAGAUUGUGACAAACUAUUUAUAAAAUGUAUUCCAGUGUUUUAAGUAGGUCCUAAAAGUUUAAAAUCGUUCACCGCAUGUCCUAAAUAUGCGUAAGUCGUUCACCGCGGGUCCUAAAAUGUACAAUGUGUGCGAAAAUAUAGACAUGUACUGAAUAAAAAGAAGAUAGUUUUUUUGAA